AGAAUUUGCAUUAAAUUUACUUCUUAAUCAAGAUAAACAAAUGGCAUUAAAUAGAAGGAAUAAUCCAACAAAAGAUUUUUAUGAAUAUAUCCAAUCAAUCUGUGGUAGAAAAGAAAGAGAAAUAUUUGAUG